UUAAAAAUCUGGCUCGGUUACUCUCUAGUUCUGGUGUGUUUUCUUUUCCAGGUGGUUGGUGUUUCUGCAGUGCUUGGCACAGGACUGGGGGAGUUUUUUAUCCAGCUUUCUAAAGCUGUAGAUGAAUGUGAGAGAGAGUAUCGUCCAGCAUACGAGCACCUGAGAAAAACCCUGGAGGAAGCUGAAAAUAACCAAAAGAGAGAGCAGCUGGAACACUUGUGGAAGGACAUGGGCAGUGUGUGUGUGCAGGGCAGCACACUGGCAGGACCUGAUGCUUCUGCAAUGGGUCCCUCUGAGCUAAUACUAACACGAGGAACUCUUGAUGAAGAGAGGGAGAGUGACACUGAUGAUGACCAUGAAGUGACUGAGGAGAGUCAUGAAGAACCAGCCUUCAGAAACUUUGUGCAGGACACGCGGAUGAAAUGCCAGAGGAGAAGCAACGCGAAUGAACGAGACCUGCAGAAACAGAAGUAACUGUUGGUCCGAUGAGUUAAAGGUCUUGCAGCCAACUGACUGCACAUUUGGCCAUCUGCCACUGUGGCUUCCUGAAGCUGAAGGAACCAGAAAGCAGUUUCUUUUCCUGCAACUUCUUCAGAUCUCUCUGUUGAGAGCUUAGAUUUUGAGCUCUGACAGCGUUAGCAUCCAGAGUACCCACUGGUCCCCAGAGGCA